CCGACGAAGACGAUACCUGAACCAAACCACUCUCCCUCUCUCUCUCUCUCUCUCUCUCCUGGGGCUUCUGAAACAAGCGUUUAGGCUCAAAAGAAUGUGAGACAGAACACUGGAGUUCCAUGAGAUGACACUGCUGGUGAGGUAUGUGCUACGGUUGUUCAUAUCAUUGAAGUACAUUACAGCCAACGUAGUAGACAGGGACAAUGGUCGGAUUGUUGCAACUUCAUCAACAGUUGAACAUGCUGUCAAGAGCACACUGGAGUGUGGUCGGACUUGCAAUGCCAAGUCAGCAGCAGUUGUGGGAGAGGUGUUGGCAAUGCGGCUAAAGGUGGAGGGUCUCGAGCAGGGACAGGGAAGAGGGAUCCACGUCAAUGUUAACAAAGAGAUCGAGAAGAAAGGUUUCAAGAACCGUACUAAGAUCUUUGCCAUCGUGAAUGCCCUCAAGAGCAAUGGUGUCAAACUCAUUCUUGAUGAUGAUGACGACAAUAGUACUCCACCGCCAAGUUACUGAUAAAACCGUUCGUUUAAUUCAUUUGGUGCGUGUAAUCACUCUCUUGCAUUAUGCUUUUGCUAAUGGGAGGUACAAUGAGGGACUCUUUUUGUUUAUGUAUAGGUUUUUUGUUGCAGAAUUUUUAGGAGGGAGUUCUCGAGUAAAGGACAUGUAUGUAUAUGAUAAGAAAAGCGUCUGCGAAUUGUUUUCAUCUUAAUAGUAGAAACUGAUUGUUUCGAUUUUCAGAUAUAUUGGCUGGUAGUUUGUGUUAGGGUGUGGCUUGUAUCUAGUUGGAGAGAAGUCUAGUUUUAUACAGUUGGGCUCGAAAGUUUUA